CGGCCGUAGCUUGUAUCCCUACACGGACCCAUUUUCAUGUAACAAAAGCACACAUUACUCCAGUAGGUGGCAGAGGUGCUUUAGGCUGGUUUGUUAACCAGUUAAAACCGGUAUUGAGGAGAGGAGUCGUUUGGAAACGUACAAUUUCUGGUUCUUCGUUUAUUACAUAUAAAUGAUCGAGUACACUCAUUAGUGAACAGUGCAGUGAGUUGUAUCGGUCAGGUUUUAGUAGGUUUAAUUGUGUUAGCGUUGGUUGUCUUUUUCAGUUUGGGUGCGGCUCAGACAACGCACCGAUGAGAUUUAGGUCCAUAAAGUUUACAGAAUAUCGUCAUUUGGUACUGGAAUCAGCGGCAAUAUGAAAAACACUUUCAGCGUUGUUUUAUUGCUGGUGUGCGGUGUGUUUGGUGUUACAGGUGAAGUGAAGCCAGUGUUAGUGAUGGAGGGAGAUUCUGUUACUCUAGGCACUGGUAUAACUAGCAUGCAGAAAGAUGAUGUGGUAACAUGGAGGGUUAAAGGCGGCGAACCUGACUUUGUUAUAGUUGAAAUACGUAAAAAUAAAAUCCCAAAUGUUAAAGGUGUGCGAUUCAGAGACAGAGUGCAGGUGAAUAAUCAGACUGGAGAUCUGACCAUCAACAACAUGAGAGUCAAACACUCUGGACUCUAUAAAGCAGAGAUCAGCACUAACGCAGGAACAACAUACAAGAACUUCAGCGUUACUGUCAUUGAUUCCUCACCGUAUAUUGCUACGGGUGAUGUGAAGUCAGUGUCAGUGUCAGUGAGUGAGGGAGAAUCUGUGACUCUAAACACUGAUGUCCAAACACACAGAGAUGAUCUGAUAGUGUGGAGGUUUGGAGAUGAAGGUCUUCUCAUAGCUAAAUAUGAUCAAGAAGACAAUAAGAUCUCAAUAUAUGAUGAUGAUGUUCUUGAUGGGAUGUUCAGAGACAGACUGAAGCUGGAUGAUCAGACUGGAUCUCUCAACAUCACAAACUUCAGAACCACAGACUCUGGACUUUAUAAACUACAGAUCAGCAGCAACAACAAACAGACCCUACACAAGAAUUUCCGUGUUUUUGUCAGUGAUCCAGGUCUAUCUGCAGGACAGGUAACAGGAAUAAUCUUUGGUGUCCUGCUGGUUAUUGCUGUUGUUGGUGUGUUUUCAUAUCGCCGCAUUAAAUAUGAACAACAGAAACAAAAGGUUAAAGAGAAGAUGGUGGAGGAUAAACAUUCUGUCAAUCUGAAGACUGGUGUUACUGAACUCCAGUCAGAUGAUGUGAUAGAGUGGAUGUUUAGAGAUGAAGUGAUAUACAGAUUCAGUACAGACAACAGAGAUAAAGAGAGACUCACAGACAGACUGCAGGUGGAUGAUCAGACCGGAUCUCUCACGAUCACAGACAUCAGAACAGCAGACGCUGGACUGUAUAAAGUAAAGAUGAGCAGCAGCAGUCGAGUGAAAUCAUUCCUUCAGCUCAUCACCGGUGGAGGACCAUCAUACUCUCAACUCAAUGUUGCUGUCUAUGUAGUGAAGAAAGUGAUGGCGGGAGAUGUUUUCACUUUAAUCCCUGAUGCUGAGAUACAGAGCAGUGAUGAGAUUGAGUGGAUAUUCAAAGAUAAAGAUAUCAAAACUAUAGUGGACAGCAUGGACAACAACCUGACACUAAAUGAGACUGGAUCUCUCACCAUCAAUUGUGUCAACCAAAAUAAUACUGGAUUGUACAAAGUCAAGAUCACCAGCAGUAAAGGAACAUCAUACUCUUACUUCAAAGUUAUAAUCAAUGGUGAAAUAAGGACAGAAUUUGAGGGGGAAACUGUCAUUCUAGAGACUGGCUUUUACAAACUACCGAAAGAAACUGAGAUACAGUGGAUGUUUGAUAAUGAAGUGAUCAUAUCUGGAGGGAAUAGCGAGGACAACAACACAAUCUCUGAAUAUAAUGGUGACGAUAAAAGAUUCCAAGGCAAACUAGAGCUGAACAAUAUAGAUGGAUAUCUCUCUAUUGGAAACAUUGAAACAAGGAACAAGGGAUUGUAUAAAGUUAGGAUCACCACCAAUGAAGAAACGUCAUUCUUACAUUACAGUGUUCAUGUCAUAGAUAUACUGGAUUUUGCCCGUCUUUUUCAGGCAAUGUCAGAUGAGGUGCAUGAAGAAAAGGAUAAGUGAAUGGACAGACAGAGGAUUCAGCAGGAAUCAUCAUAACAUGAAUCUGUGAUGGUUGUGAUGCCUUCAGUAAAUGGAUCAGAAAAUGCUAUUCUCUUUAAACAGCUGAUAGAUAUUACACAUCUGAUGUUAAGCAUCUGUUACAUCGUCAACAUCUUCAGUAACAAGUCUAUUUUUCUUUCAUACCUUUUUUACAUAAUGUUUUGAUGAAUGUUGAAUCAAACUUUCAUUUAUUUGCAGUUCACACUGAUCAAUGACCGAAUCUGUUUAUCUUUUUAUAUGUAACUCACUGCAUGGUAUACAUCAUUUUAAAUCUCAUAUGUUUGAUAUUUUCUGAUGAUGAGAAAUAAUUAGAUAUACAUGAAGAUAUGUGUGAAAACCUGCAGUCUGUCGCUAACCCUCCAAACAUUGUUAUUGUCUUACCAUAAGUGUGAGAUUGUGAUGUUUGUUUUGUUUUUAAUGUUGAGGUUAUUAUUAUUCUUUGUGUUUCAUUUACAAUAUAAAUUGCUACUUUAGAAAAUUACGCUUAAAUAUUUUUGUUACUCGUAUUUUGUUACUUUUGUUCUCUGAUCAGAUCUGAAUGUAAAAUUGUAAAUGUGAAUUCAGACUCUCAGUAGAGAUAUAAAAAACUUCAUAAAGCACUUAACUGACUUGCCUUAUUAGAGAGAAGAGAAAAAAAAGAGUUUUCUGCACUGAUGUUUGAGCUUUAGCUUUGUACUCUAGUAUAAUAUGUGAUACAGUAAAACUUGUAUAGUGUUCUUUUUUGGAUUAAUCUCUUGUGAUUAAGAUAAGCGUCACCUGAAUAAGCGUCACCUGAAUGAAUACAUGUAACCAAAAAUACUGGGAAUUAUUUUAAAUGUGUUUUAACAGUAAAUGCAUGCUAGUUUUGAGUUCACCUUUACUAAAUAUACAAUGUACAUCAUUAGCAUUAUUAAUAAAUGAAGAAAA